GGUAAAAAGCUCGAAAACAUGAGUGAAAUAUUAAAAUAGAAUAUAUACUUUGUACACUAGAGGGAAUCGUACUAAUGCUGUAAGUGUUGAAACUCGAGAAGGAUACAAUUUGCAAUACCCAAAAAAUUUAAUGAUUUCAGCAAAAUGUUUCGACAUUCGUUUAUCAUGCCUCUUGUAUUAUUUUACAAUAAAAUACUCGGUAAUUAUGAUUUUCGCCAUAAAUUUGGAAUGCCAGCUCAUUUCCAAGGACGAGGUUGUCAAGGCGGUUAAGGAUGGUGUGAAGUAUUAUAAUGACUUAGAACGUGAGUGGUCCAGAGGAACCUACGAUUUGGUCGUCGAAGCUCCUCAUUUGACAGGUUAUUAUAGACCUCCUACAAACAGAUUCGUUAAAUAUUCGAAAUAUGCUAUCAUAAAAGAAUACGCAUCCUUGCAAAUAGCCGAAAAAUUAAUACAGCUAAAUUACAGUCCUCAAGAAAUAACACGCUACUUGGAAAGGGUUGACGUGUCUGGAACCUUCUUAGACUCCUGCCCCUUAAGAAAAGAGAUAGCCAAUAGAGGAAGCUGUCCCAUAUAUUACAGGACAAUAGAAGGGCAUUGCAAUAACCUCAAACAUCCAACUUGGGGAAUGGCGGAAUUGCCGCCCCAGAGAUUGCUUCCCGCUGUUUACAACGAUGGUGUCAGCGAAAUCAGGAGAGCUAAAAAUGGUGGCGAAUUACCAAAUGCAAGAAUGAUAAGUACAUUAUGCUUGCCUACGCAGUUUCUACCCCAUACAGAGCUAACUGUCAUGAUGACAACUUUUGGUCAACUUAUAGACCAUGAUUUAACAUUGUUUCCCGUGCCUACAGGUUUUAAAUACCCUAGAUUAAAGUGUUGUUUAGAUGAGAAGAAACAUAAUCCAAAAGAUCGAGAAUCUAGAAAAAAAAUGCAUCCAUAUUGUUAUGGCUUGAAUUUACCCGUUGAUGACCCGUUUUAUAGUUAUUAUGGAGUCCGAUGUAUGGAAGCGGUAAGAUCUUUGCCUGGAGUUGGUCUUUCUUGCAAUUUAGGUGUAAGGGAACAGGUCAAUCAAUUGUCGAAUUACAUCGAUGCGUCAACAGUCUACGGAAACACAAUCAAGGAAGCCGAAAAUGUUCGACUUUACCAAAAUGGUCUACUCAAGACGCAACGGCAUCCAUUUGACCCAAGCAAAAAGGAUUUAAUGCCUUUGUCAAAUGGUACUGUGAUAGAAGAAUGCCUUAUUCAGAGCGUUAGGAAGCACCCAUGCUUUAUGGCAGGUGAAAUGCGAAGCAACGAAAACCUACCAUUAACCACUAUCCACACAAUAUUCUUUCGCGAACAUAACAGAUUAGUACGUGAAAUGUCAAUCAUAAAUCCGGAUUGGAAUGACGAUAAAUUAUUUGAAGAAGUCAGGAGGAUAGUAGGGGCAAUGAUGCAAUACAUAGCUUACAAAGAAUAUUUACCAAAAUUUUUUGGUGAGCAAAACCUGGUUAAACAUAAACUUGUUUUGGCCGACUCUGGUUAUUUUAAUGGCUACGAUGAGAAUGAAGAUGCCACUACCAUUAAUGCCUUCAGCUCUGCUGCCUUUAGGUUCUCUCAUUCCUUAUUGAACGCCAACAUAUUUCGGGUAGGUCACUUUAAUUACCAUCUUUCGACCACACCUUUGAGAAAACUAUUUUUUCAGCCGGAAUCUCUGUAUGGAGACAUAUAUCCACAUGGAAUAGAUCCUUUGUUGAGAGGAUCGACUAGUCAAUUGGCUCAAGCGCUGGAUAUCAAUAUAGCCGUGGAUGUUAAAAAUCAUCUGUUUCAACCAGAAGAUUUAGAUUACGGCAUGGAUCUAAUGUCGCUCAAUAUAAUAAGGGCCAGGGAUAACGGAAUAGCUCCUUACAAUGAUUGGAGGGAGUAUUGCGGAAUGGACAGAUUAGAUAGUUGGGACGACGCCUAUGACUACUUUUACCCUGAGGCAGUCUCAAAUAUGUCUUAUGUCUAUGGCGAUGUAGACGAUAUUGAUUUAUGGAUAGGCGGGAUAUCGGAAAUGCCGAUGGAAGGUGCUUUGAUUGGCCCAACCUUCUCUUGCAUAGUGGGCAUUCAGUUCAGGAAACUCAGGUUUGGCGAUAGAUUUUGGUUCGAAAAUGAAUACAUUCCCGGCGUUGUUGAAUAUCCAUUUACACCAGAACAAUUACAGGAAAUACGUAAAAGCAGUUUGGCCAAGGUUAUAUGCCAUAACACAGACACAUUUUUCAAUAUUCAGAAGGAUGUCUUUUUAACGCCAGGUUUUAGGAAUCCAAUGAUGUCUUGCAGAACUAUUGGGGAUAUAGAUCUCACUUAUUGGAAAGAUAACUGAAUUAUUAAAAAAAUUGACUCUCGAAUAAGAUUCACAUGAUCUAUCUUUUCAAUGCGAUAUUCAUGG